AUGGGAUCCACAGAACAAAACCCUUCCCAGAGAAAUCAAACUGCCUUGGUGGAAUUCAUCUUACUUGGUUUCUCUGAUAUUCCCAAUCUGCAAGGAUUUCUUUUUGGGCUCUUUCUAGUAAUAUAUGUGAUUAUUCUGAUAGGAAAUAGCCUCAUUCUCAUCAUCACCAAGACUGACCCUUCCCUGCAGACACCCAUGUACUUUUUCCUUGGGAAUUUUUCCUUUUUGGAAAUAUGCUAUGUGUCAGUCACUAUCCCCAGACUACUAGCAGACCUCUGUCGACACACUAGAAGCAUUUCUUUUCUGGCCUGUGCUAUGCAGAUGUACGUCUUUCUGGUCCUAGGGCUCACUGAGUGCUUUAUUCUCACUGCCAUGGCUUAUGACCGGUAUGUCGCUAUCUGCAGACCACUGCUGUACCCUCUCGUCAUGAGCAACAAGGUGUGCAUCCAGCUGGCAGGUGGCUGCUGGGUAAGUGGGAUCCCAGUUCACAUCGGGUUCACCUACUGCAUCUUCUCUCUCCCUUUCUGUGGACGCAACCAGCUGCACCACUUUUUCUGUGACAUACCUGCAGUCCUCACUCUCGUGUGUGGAGAUACUUUUUUUAUUGAGAUGCUGAUUCACGUCAUUGCGCUUCUGGUUGUCACGAUUCCCUUCCUGUUGAUCCUUGGAUCUUAUGUGAAAAUCAUCUCAACCAUUCUGAAGCUGCCGACCACCACUGGGCAUGCCAAGGCCUUCUCCACCUGCUCUUCCCAUCUGAUGGUUGUUGCUUUGUUCUUUGGAUCAGGCAUAAUUACAUAUUUGAGACCAAAAUCUAUUCAAUCUACAGAAACAGACAAAUUCAUUUCUCUUUUCUAUACCAUUGUUACACCGAUGUUUAAUCCCAUGAUAUAUUGUUUGAGAAACAAAGAUGUUAUGGUGGCAUUGAAAAAAUUCCUUCUAAAAUGUUUUUUUUGUGACUCCAAACUCAUGACUUUGUAA